AUCAAGAAUGCAAGUUAAAGAUGCUUUUACAUCAAGAUAUCUUUUUUGAGCUAGAAAACAAUAACUUCACAAAAGAAAGAAAUGCAGUUAAAGUUCAAGUAUUUUAGAAGUAGAAGCAGUCAGGCCACAGGAGUUUUAGAGACUUCUAGUAACAAAAGCAACUUCUGCAACAAAUCUCUCUCUCUCUCUCUCUCUCUGAGUCUAAUUACUUCAUGUUAUAUUGCUAGUUCAUAUAUCUCUAUCACUAUUCACUUGGCAGAAAAUCACUUUUUUUUCUCUGGGUCCUCUUUAUGUAUAUAUAAUUCUAUAAACUACCUUUCUCAAUCCCAAUCCACCAACUGUGGCAACCCCAGCUGGUAUUUCUCUUACCAAAACAUGGCCAUCACCACCACCACCACCACCACCCACCACCACAACCACCUUGUUCCCACUUGACCACACAAACAUGUUAGGCCUCCAUAACAUUCUUCUCAUAGCUCCACCACCUUCUUCUUCUGCUCCUUUUCAUCAACAGCAAAUAACCAAUAUCAAUGACCAGUGCAACAUUUCAAACAAUCAAGAUGCUUGGACCGCUCUAAAGAGGUAUCAACAAGAAUCAUGUUUUGCUAAAAAAGAUGCAUUAAGUAUUGUCGAUCAUGAGGAUAAUAUUGAAAAUGAUAAUAGUAAUAGCUCUUCUAGAGUUUGUAGAGAUUGUGGAAAUAGAGCUAAGAAAGAAUGCGAGUUUAGAAGGUGCAGGACUUGCUGCAAGAGUAGAGGGUACGACUGUGCUACUCAUGUGAAGAGCACGUGGGUUUCUGCUGCCAGGAGACGAGAGAGGCAUGGGGGCGAUGGUGGCGGUGGCGGUGGCUCUUCUGGGUCUUCUUCUGGUGGUGGUGGUACUAAAAGGCCAAGAGAGAAUGUGACCGCUACAUCUAAUAGUUUGAGCACUUCUAAUAACAAUGUCGCUGCUUCUUUCAGUUUUGAUACUGGCUCUAAUUACCAAGAUGGUUUUUCUGGUGCUAUAGAUGCAAGCUUCAAGCAGUGUUUACCAAGUCAAGUUCGCGCUCCUGCAGUUUUCAGGUGCAUUAGGGUAACUGCCAUAAAUGGUGGGGAACCUGAGGUUGGAUACCAGGCCAUGGUGAACAUAAGUGGCCAUCUAUUUAAAGGGUUCCUCUAUGAUCAAGGCAUUGAUAAGAAAAAUUUAUUUCCAUGUAUUUCAAAGAUGCCCUCUAGUGAGAGAAAUAGAGACUCCACUUCACCAAUUCUUGAUCCACCAGCUGCAUAUACAGCUUCUGGCAGUCAAAGAUUGCUUCAAGUCACAAGAAGGAUUAGCUUUAAGCUUCUUAAGCAAGCAAAGAUCAUAGUAGCAAAGUCACUUUCAUUCAUUGAAAAUAUGGGAAAAGCGUUAGCAAUGGUGUACUCCUUGCCAUACUCUAGUGUCUCUUCAUUCCCUCUUAUGCAAGUAUCCAAACAUGUCAUCUAUGAUAUCCUGUCCUUUGUUUUUAACUCAAUGCAGAAAGUUCUUUAGUGCCUCUCAAUAAUAAGCAUUUUACCCAUAUGUGUUUUCGCCUUUUUCUUAUACACUUCAAUAUCUAGUUUUUCCAAGAUAUCAAGGUUGUUAUAUUAUUUGAUUGUCUUCUCCACAUCAAGUUGCUGCAAAUGGGAAUUUGCACUAGAUUAUCACAUCCAGUAAGUGGCCAGCAUUCAUAUUGGAAAAAUU